AUAUUUUGUCCAUCCCAAGUUAGACGCCACUCACAUAGUAAACCUCGACGCAUGGAUAUCUCUGCCUUACCACACUGCACUUGCUGCUGACCUGGGUACUACACUGUUUCUCAUCCAGACCAUCACGGAUGGCAUGUUGCUUUGCAGUUUUUCAUCCGCUUUGGACCCUGCUAUGCUGGAUACUCACUAAGACACCGGAAGCCUCUAUGCUGAUUCCGAGUCGAUCACGGCGAUGUUACUUAGCUCCUUCCGAUCAAUAUCUGAAUUCCUAUGUCGUAUCAAAGUGUUCGUCGAGAUGGACUACAACGAAGGUAUCAUUCUGCACUGCGGCCCUUCCGUGUCUUGGAUCGACGCCCACAACAAUUAACCUUUCAACGUUCACAGUUUAGAGGCACUCUUCUUGCCAAUGAUUCCCUAUCGACCCUGAUCGACCUCCAUCAGUUCCCAGAUUCGUCACAUGUCGGUGACUAGACUUGAGCC